AUUAGACAAACACACAUAAUAUGUACAUAUGUAUGUAAAAAAGGGGUAAGAUUAUAUGCUUUCUCGUUUUUGAUUUCUGUCUAUAUCAUUGACAUCUGUCAACUUAAAUUUCCUUAUCAUUAGUUAACCUCCAAUUACCAGUAGAUAACCUCAACUAAUAUCAACACUAACACUUGAAGCAUAUUUAGGAAGUAAUUUAAAGUAAUGAUGAAAUCAAGCAGUGAUUUUUUUUAAUUAAUAAGCCAUUUAUUUUCGUGGUUAAUAAUUUCCUUUCAAACUUUGAUGUAUACAUAAAUAAUUACUAAGUAAAUCUUUAAAUUUUUGCGUGUUUCCGUUUCCGCUUAUUUUGUAAAAUUACUCUCCAUCAAUUCCUUGCGCUCCUACUGAACUUCGGAAUUAAUAGCAAACAAACUUAUACUUGCUUCCAUAAAAAAUUAUAGUCCUAACUACAUCGGUACUUUACUUCAAAAUUUUUAUUCAGCAAAUUCAAGGUGAAAAAUAUAACAAAAUUAAUUUCGUUGACAUCCGUUUCCUGAAAUUCUCAAACAGCGCAUAUUUUUAAUCUAUUACCACGGUUGAUUUUCUGAUUGGAAUCGUCACAUUUGACAGUUCGUUUUGUUGUAAUUCUCGCGCAGAAGCACAAAAGAAAUCAGAAAUUUCUGGCAAAUCAAAAAUUUUAUAAAAGACACGCGAGCGGAGAGUUAAACGUCAGUUUAAAACAGAAAACACAAGAAAAAAGAUAUAGAAAAGCGAAAGGCUCGUAGCCAAUUACAAGUGAAUUUUCAAGCGAUAAAGAAAAUCAGUGAUAUUUAUUAUUUAAAAUAUUUAAUUAAUUAAAACAAAUUUUCAAAAAUGGUACGACGUGGACGUUCAGCUAGCCCACCCCCAGCUACCAGGAGGAGUGUGCCCACACAUCAUGCACCUGCUCCAACAUCAAAUGUGCCGGCACGCACAGCUCCGGCAGCACCACCAGCACCAGUACAAGCAGCACCCAGUGCUGUUGGCGCUCCACAGCAGCCAUCAAUGUUCCAACAAAUGGCAGCUACCGCCGGUGGUGUAGCUGUUGGUUCGGCAGUGGGUCAUACUCUUGGCGCCGGUAUUACUAGCAUGUUCAGCGGUUCUGGUGAUAAGGAGGCUGCCGCUCCCGCUGCUGCCGCCGCUCCAGCAGCUCAACAGCAAUAUUAUGGCAAUGCAGCUCAGCCCAACGAGCCUCAAGGUGCAUGCGCUUGGGAAAUUAAACAGUUCUUGCAAUGUGCUCAAGGCCAAUCUGACUUGACACUCUGCGAGGGUUUCAACGAAGCGCUACGACAAUGCAAGGUUCAACAUCACUUGCAAUAAAUUGUUGUCCUGACAUCAAAACAAACUUUAAUUAUUUAAAUAUUCAACCCGUUAUAUAAUUCUUGCUAUAAUACAAUAUUAAUCAAUGAAAUGAUUGUGAACAAUAACAAAUUUUAGUUUAGAUAUUUAAAGUUAAUUGAUUGACUGAUUUAUUUUGUGAAAGAAAGGAGAGUUUGUUGCGUGCGUCAGAUAAUAGGCGAAAGUCAAUAGAUCGAAUAACGACAACAUGCGCAUUUUGUUAAAUAUUUCUAGAAAAAUCUACGCAGAAAAUAUGUGCAAACAGAUAACGUGGAAACGUUAAUUGGCAAACAACCAAAAAAGACAUCAGAUCAUACCACUAAUACAAGAAAAAAGCAAUUAGCAACUCACGUGCUGCAGACACACGCUGAGUAAUCAAAACAAAAUAGCAAAUGCAGUUGUUGUUCGCUAUUGACACUGCAAUAUAGAGCAGGGAAGCAACAAGAACCGAAAUAAUUUCCACAUAAAUGUGAAUACUAGUUUUAUUUUUAGUUACUAAGUUUAUUUCGUGUAAUUAUGAAAUUGAUGAACGCUCAUGCUAAAACUAUAGUAGAAUUGUAGUCAAGUUUGUGCCAAAUAUUUAGUGCUCCAAUCGGAAUUGGAAUUUUCUUGCAAAUACGCUAAAUUCUAAUAAAAACUGUUCGGCACCAUCAAUAA